GGAACACGCAGGCGCCCUCGGGCGCAGCCGCCCCCGUGGUAGCCACGGACCGGUAGGGGAAAUGCCCUCGGCGGUUUGCUUCGCUCUGUAGAGGAGCGAUGGGGAGGCGUUGGGCCUGGCCUGAGGUAGGAGGGAACCCAGCUGCCGCCGCCAGUGCCUGAGCCGCGAUGCUCGCGUGGGCCCUCUCCGCGCUGCUCUGGUCUCUCCUAGGAGUUGGAUCGCAACGUCCUUCCUUAUUCAGUAACAAAGGCAUUGUUUACGGCACGGUAGGACGCCCAGUGAAAAUAUAUGUAAAGUUACAUCAGGAUAGCCCUGUCCUUGUUUGUAUGGAUGUUAAUCGUGCUAGUAAAGAAACAGUGGACCCCGCCUACUUAUGGAUUGGGCCAAAUGAAAAUACAUUAACAGGGAAUGGCCAAAUAAAUGUAACAAACACAGGAAAACUGAUAGUGAAAGAUUUUAUGGAGUCGUUGUCUGGACUUUACACAUGUACUCUUUCAUAUAAGACUAUCAAAGCAGAAACCCAAGAAGAAACUACAAUAAAGAAGAGAUAUGACUUUAUGAUCUUUGCCUAUCGGGAACCUGAUUAUUCUUAUCACAUGGCUGUGCGUUUUACCACAAAAUCUUGUGUAGGAAGAUAUAAUGACCUGCUCUUUAGAGUGCUGAAGAAAAUCUUGGAUAAUUUAAUCUCUGAUUUGUCGUGCCAUGUCAUAGAACCAUCAUAUAAGUGCCAUUCUGUUAAAAUUCCAGACCGUGACUUCGUGUACGAGCUAUUCAUAGCCUUUCAAGUGAAUCCUUUUGCACCAGGCUGGAAAAGUAUGUGCAACGACUCUUCCGAUUGUGAAGAUGCCACUAACCGUAACAUCCUCAAGGCAAGAGAUCGGAUAGAAGAAUUUUUUCGGAGCCAAGCAUACAUUUUGUACCAUCACUUUAAUAAAACUAUACCAGCGAUGCAUUUUGUGGACCACAGUUUUCAAGUAGUACGAAUAGAUAACUGUCGACCAGGCUUUGGGAAAAAUGAAGGUCUACACAGCAAUUGUGCUAGCUGUUGCGUGGUCUGUAGUCCUGGAACAUUCAGUCCUGAUGUCGAUGUCACCUGUCAGAUCUGUGUUUCUGUCCAUUCAUACGGAGCUAAAUCUUGCCCAUAAACUUCAAGACCAGAGAUGAAAGCAUGGUUACUUGCCUCUGAAGGUGGGACAAAGAUUUGUUCACAUCUGAGAGCAUCAUAGAUACAUCCAUAAAUAAGAUCUGUAAGAGCAAAACUUUGGGAAUGUGCGUUUUAGAAACAACAGAAAAGCAUUGACCUGGCAUUUCUGAGGAGGAGUUGAAUUCAGUGUCCCCAGUGUAUGAGCGGAAGUGAAGUGUUAGUGGGUGCUUUAAAUGAAAUAUGUUCUGUUGUCUACAAACUAAGACAUGCUUUGUACCUGGUACUAUAGUAAGGUCAAAAUGAGUGGCAAAGUAUGAUACAAUAAAAAUUUCUAUUUUCCAUA